AUGACACGGGCUCAAAAAGAGUCAGCAUUUCACCUUUCAUUAUUAGUACUCGUACAAUGGAUCAGCUUAGCUGUUAUUAUAUUGAAUUCAACAGCAUUAUAUUUAUUGAAAAGUUCAUCACAACUUCGUGCUAUUGUCAGCACUCACUUUAGCGCGACAGAUUAUAUGCUGAUUAUUUUAGGCUCAAUUUCAUUUAUUAAUGCUACCAUUUACCUGUUCCUACAUAUACAUUUAUAUUUCCGUCUUGGUUCUAAACCAGAUCUUCCAUUUUCUUCACCAAGAAUAAUUUCAGCUACUCAAGUCGUCAUGUCUGUUAUAUUAAUUGCCCUAUGGACAGUUGCUACUUUAAUUAUCCUAACUUACUCUCAAGAAUCAACUUCAUCAUGCCAAUUUAACAAUACUAUACAUAUCCAUAACCAUAAUGACAUUUGUGAAUUAUUUAAUACUGCAUUAAUGCUAGCAUUUGCAGCAGUUGGAGGUUGGGUUUUAGUUUUACUAGCCACGCUAUUCACUUUAAUUCGUUCUCCUAUUCCACCUACUACUAUCUUUACUAUUGAAGCGCCCCCACAACGCUUCUCUCAACCUAUGCUUAUCUCUCCUCCUGAUAAAGCCUAUUAUUCAUUAGAUCAAGAACAGCCCAAUAAACCUUAUUAUAUGGGGCAUUACAAUAAGAAAAGUAACGUCAAUUCUACGACUCAUUUUACAUCCGAAAAUUUACACCAGUUACAACAGAAAAAAAAGAGUGGUGAUAGAGAUAGUGUUUCAUUGAGGUCUUAUUAUCAACGAAAUGUUUCAACAACUGAACCUAAUAGUAUCGAAUUAGGGCAACAGUCUUCUUCUAUGACAAUGACAGGAUAUGAGUUUUCAGAGAAACGAAGGAGUGAUAUUGAUCUGUUAGAAUCAACUAUGAUCACCACAACCUCUCAGCCAAAUAAUGAAGAGCAUUAUCAUUAUAAUUAUCAACCUACUCAUAUUAUGCAUCCUUUAUCUCCACCUAUAUCAAUGACCCAGGACAUGCAUAUGCCUAUGACUACCACUACUUCGUCUUCCACUUCGUUUUAUACACCUCGCUGCCGUAAUAUUUUAGAAUCCUCUGAUAGCCAGUGCUCAUUUCCAAGCUUGUCUACAAUAGACUCACUCUCUAAAGGGUUUCAGCCAAUACAAUUCGAUUUACCCAUCAUUCAAGUGGGUAUGUUAUCCCACAUUGAUGCCUCUUUCCUUCAAAAAAAAGGGAUAAAGUCAUAGAAAAAUUUCGUUGAGAAUUCACUUACGAAAACAGAAGCCAUCAUUUUUCUUUUUUAUUAUUACUAUUAUUAUUCAUAUUGCUUCUAUUAUU